CGGCCUUCAGAUGUUUGGUGUUACAUUUCAAACUUGUUUGGCUUGUGUGUUGAGUUUUGGGAUUUAUUUCGUUGUCAGUCGUUAUAAUGGCUGAGCAUGUCAUACAACACAAAUACAGCUGUCACAUUUAUUAUUUGUCGUGCUUUAUUGUAUGAAAUGUGAUGACUUAUGCCUUAACUUGAUUCUUCUGGCCUGUCAAUACAUAGGACUGCUUCGUACCUACUAAUUAGUUGAGAAUUUUGUUGGUAUUGUUACUUAUUUCAAUUCUUGGCAAAGCAAUUUCAACUUUAUACUACAACGUUGAUCAAUUUUCAUUCAUUAAAAUAUGCUCCGGAAAAUUUACACCUGGCCUGCAAAGAGGCGCAUUAAUGUUAAGAGGAAGGCUUCAAAAACCGUGUCAGUGCAAAUGAAUAAGCGCCAAGAGCUUCCAAUUUCUUCACAAAAGAAGUGCAACCCAGCCGCAAGAAAGCAUUCAUUUACGAAACCUAAGUCACGGCAAUUACGAAAAGCGCCCAUCCUGAAAUCUCAGAGCCCUACAAACGAAAGUUUGUUAGAUGAUGCAGAUACUCAGGUGAAUACGGAUUGCUAUCACCAAUAUCCACCAAAUAUAAAAACCCACCAUAGCUUUAUAGAUUGUCCAAACAGUUCACCUCCAUCGUGUAUUCCCGGUCCCGAUUCGGAGCCCAUUAACAAUCAAGAGUUACAUUACACUUGUGAAACUUUCCAUACUAUAUCAGAAAAUGACCACAUAAUACCUGAAUUACAAGGUACUUCCAAAACGGGACCUCUAGUAGAAAUUACCUCAAACCAUUGUGUACCUGUAGAAUCAGACUCAAACGUUGCACUUAUUGAGUGUCCUGAACAAUAUUCGUUCUCAAAGUUGAUGAAUAAUUCAGUCCAGCAAGUCAACCCUCUUAAUGAUAUGGAAUCUAAUUUAUUCAAUGAAGUUGGAUAUGUCGGUGAAGAUGAAACGGCACAACAUUCAGAUGAAGAAAGUGAACCAAGUGAUUCAUCAUCUUCCAUUGCUCCUCCACAAGAAUUGUCUACGGAAAUUUCAGCAAUAGAAGAAUGUGAUGACACAGACUUCGAGGAGAUCGAUGCAUAUGCCUUCAUACGCAGCCUUCCACCAUUACCUUCUGAUGUUGUUUGUCGUCCACCUGCACUACCGAAAAGAACUCGUUCCUCUCCUGAAUUCUGCUUAGUCCUUGAUUUAGAUGAGACUUUAGUUCACUGUAGUUUAAAUCCUCUUUUGGACGCUCAAUUCAUCUUCGAAGUCGUUUUCCAGGGUGUAGUGUAUAUGGUGUAUGUUCGAAUUCGACCACAUUUGUAUGAAUUUCUUUCAAGUGUAUCUGAAUUUUUUGAGGUUGUACUUUUUACAGCUAGUACAAAAGUAUACGCUGAUCGUCUCGUUAAUUUAAUUGACCCUAAUAAGAAGUGGAUCAAGCAUAGACUAUUUCGUGAACAUUGCGUUUGUGUGAAUGGUAACUACGUGAAAGAUCUACGUGUUCUUGGAAGAGACCUUCGCAAAACUGUGAUUAUUGAUAAUUCACCACAGGCAUUUGGAUAUCAGUUGGAUAAUGGCGUUCCAAUCGAAAGCUGGUUUGUUGAUUCUAAUGACAGUGAACUAUUGAAGCUAAUCCCAUUCUUGAAAGAAAUUACGAAAGUAGAUGACGUGAGACCAUUAAUUGUUGAUCGUUUCCGGUUACAUGAAAAAGUUUUGGCAGCUCCUUCUCUUCCUCCACUUGCAUCAGAAUCACCAUCAUCUUCAACAUCGUCAUCAUCUGAUGUUCAAAAUUGAUGUGUGUCUUUAAUUCUUCAACAAUCACGAUGGUUUAAAAUUUAUUCAGCACACACGCAUACACACACACACACAAGAAAGUACUUCUAUACUUUAAUUUUGUUUUACGAGCAUCACAUCAAUAAUUUCUUUUCUGAUUUAAUACUUUUUUUUAAAAAUAUCACUCCUUUUCUACACAUAGCUAUCAUCAUUAUUGUUAUUUAUUAUCAUUAAUAUUAUUAUAGUCAUCUAACUUCAUUUUUUCAGCUGCAAUAAUCAUAUUUUCUUUUUACACUGACUUUCACUUUUAUCUUGAGUAGAAGCGAACAGUAAUCAUUGGCAUUCGUUCAUUAUUAUUUAAUUACUACUACUACUACUAUUAUUAUUAUUGUCAUCAUCAUUCGUCACUAUCAAUCAACACGCCGCACAUGCACAACGUGUGUGUGUGUGUGCGUGGACGAUAGAUACAGUUUAAAGAUAUUAUUUUACAUUAAUUUCAUUUCAUUAUUAUUAUUAUUUAUAAGUAAAGAGUAUUUCAUUUUUUUAUUCCUAUUAUUGUAAUAAUCCUGAUCAAAUAAUCUUAUUUAUUUCUUCUUUUGUCAUCAUAUUUAUUAUUUAUAUUGCCGUUUAUAUUUUUAAGCAUUAAUGCUUUUACUACUACUCGCCAAUUAUAAGUAGUAGUAGUAGUAGUGGUGACAGUUUACUUCCCCUCCCCCCCCUUUAUUUUAAUUUAAUUAAUUUCAUCAUUGCUUUUUUCAUCAUUUUAUAUAUAUACGUAUUUGCAUUGAUUCAUCAUGUGUGUGUGGGGGGGUGAGUUUAUCCCUUGGCUUUUGUGUUUUCAUCAUAUAUUAUAUAAAACAACACUGCUAUCUCUUAACAUUUUUGCAUUUAUUGUAUUUUCCUCAUACACGGAUAUUAUUUAUUUCUGAUAUACUAUAUAUAUAUAUAUACAUAUAUAUAUGUAUAUACAUAAAUACAUAUUGUGUAUCCCUAUCAUUAUCUGAGUGAGUAACUAAGCGAUUGACUAACUAACUAGCAGCACAACACUUUAGUGCAGAGAUAUGUGCACGUGUAUUUAUGUGUGUGUGUGUGUGUGUCUGUAUGUGUUUUUGCUUGUUGUAUUUAUCUCAAAUCCAAUCACAGUCAUUCUCUUUGAUGAUUGAGUAUACUUGAAGAGUAACACUAUCAUUGUUUUGAUUAAAGCAUUUCUUUUAAUAUCUACAUAUAUAUAUCUCCCUCUAUUUAUAUAUAUUCACUUAUUUUUAGGCAUUAUAUAUAUCUUCAUUCCUUAUUGUCUGUUAAACUGGUGAAUACCUUUUAUUAAUACUGCUGUUGACAUUUAUAUUGUUUUAUCCAUUAAUUAUUAUAGCACCUUACUGCGACUGUCAUUCUUAUCAUUACUGUUGUAUUGUUCCGCUUUUCUUUUAAGAUAUAUAUAUGUAUAUCAGUGUAAUCAUUGCAUUUUUAAAAAUAAGUAAUUUUAUUAGGGAUGAGUGUGAACUCUCAUCACACAACUUUUUUCUUUCUUUCUUAGCAAUCAUUGUGAAGUCUUUUAAAUAAUAAAUUAUUAAUAUUUUUGCCAUUGAAUUACUAUUGUCACUACUAUUAUCAUUAUUAUUAUUAUUAAUACUGCUAACUAACGCUAAUCAUCAAACUUGUUUUAUUUACAAACUGUACAGAAGAGAUCGUGCAUUUUUCUUUUCUUUUUCAAAAAUCAUUUAAAGAAAGAAAAUCUGAGAAUUCUGUUUCUCUUCUAAUAUUUUUUCUGUUUGUUUUGUCUUAUUGAAUAGUGUUGUGUUGUUGUGUAUGACUGACUUGCCACUUACCCUGCGUGUGUGUGGGGGGUAUGUGAGCGUCUGUUUGUCUGUCCUGUUGAUGUUAGUUUACCUACCGAUUGUUUGAUUUUUAAAAUUUUGGCAAUUUUUGUCAACUAUAAAAUAGUUUAUGCAUCUUUUAAUCAUGUUGUGGUUGUUGUUGCUGUUGUUGUUACAUUUUAAAAAAGAAAGUUGCUUACUAUUCCGGA